AUGCCUAGCAUUUCUAUUUCACCAUCGCCCAGUUCUCCUUCGCCUUCAUCGACCACUGCCCCUUCUUCUUCAACGACUCUCAUUCAGAUCGUCAUCGCAGCUAUUUGCGGUGUUUGUUUGUUGGCCCUCAUCAUGUUUAUCAUCUUUCGACGUCGACAAAACAAGAAGCAGAAGGGACCAGAAGUGCAGGCAGGAGAGAUCGUUGCGCGGACACACCCUGCGGCCCUCAUGAUUACUUCUGCUGACGGGAAAGGCAAUCCGAGAUUUGUUCACACUCCUGGAACCAAUAUGCGGACUGCAAUGCGAAAAGCAGACGGCAGUUGGGAGUUCUCUGACUCUCGUUCACCAUUUACCCCCACAAUAAUCGCGGAACCCGAGCGACCAAGUAGCUCUUAUUCUCGGUCGCCUUCUCCUAGUGGUGUUCAAGAAAUGUUAAUGCCACACACUGCCGCGACUGCUUCACCAUGGGGGCCUCCAGUAACACCCCAAACCUCUGCUUCAAAAGCCUGGCGUGGUGUCUACUCACCCGCCCCAUCGAUAGCUGCUUCAACGUUCCUUCCCCCGGCAUCCGCCGCUUCUUUAUACUCACGCAACUCGUUGAUAUCAUCCAACGAGUCUUUUGUCGAUUUCGAGCAAGAUGCCGCAUCGUUAUCCUCCAAUCCAUUCCGUUCGCCGAGACACAGUCCAAGGGCCAGCCCAACUCCACAACGACCGCCACGAUCUCCCGCCACUUCUUCGCACACUUUCCUUGAGCCACCACCGCCGUCAACUCCUUCACGGCCAGUUGAGUCACGGGCUGCUAGAGAAAUUCGUCUGGGAUAUGAAGCAUUGGACAGAGCACGAGAACCAACAGCUUCACCACAACCAUCGUCUUCAACGAGGCGGCCAUUACCAGAUCCUACAACGGCAUCAUUGUCCCCUGCCGCUCGUGCAAAGGAGGCAGAGAGUAGGGCGGCAAGGGCCAUCAGGCAGGGCUAUGAGAAUGUGGAUCGACAUUCUGAAUAUGCUGAGCUUGACGAGCCUUUACCAGCCUACUGA